AUGAACGCCCAGAGACAGUGUCAUAUACACUUGUGUAGGGUGUGGCGUCUCUCUGGCAGACCAGGCGGUGAAGAUAUUGAGUUUCACGAGGGGCCAAGCGCCCCUCAGCGCUCAGCAGUUGUCAAUGUUCCGUAUGUUAAGGGCAAAUGUUCUGUGUUACUUGAGGAGACAAGUGCAUUCGACCCUAAAGGGGAAAGGUAUGCGCGGGAACGCGAAGCGCGAGAAAGUGCAGAUGCGCGCAAGGCGCGGGAACACACGCGCGUAUUAGCGCGAAGCGUGGGAAAGCACUGGGUGAUAACUAGUAAUUGGGAGGUAAACGCGCCUAAGCGCAGUCAUGCGGAGCCGAAGCGCUACCGAGUAGGGAGCUUGGUGGACGGUGGAUGGAUGCAUCUGGAUGGCUGGCACUAUAGGGCGCGCAAGCGUGGGAACGUGCGCGCGCGCGCGUAUACAUCGCGAAGCACGGGAAUGUACACAGAGUGGUGCUGCGAGUUGGUGCUGUAUACUCCCUUAGUGGAAACUGCCAUAUCACGCCAUGAGAGGCAUGAUUCUCUACAACAAAGCCUGCCGCAAGCACUGUAUGUCCUCCCAAUAGCAAUGCCACAGCACACUCUAAUGGUGCAGCUCAAGCAAAAUCUUCGCAAGCACAAACUGCGGCUGUCUCUAUCUCUGCCUGCACUUCCUCACCCCACAGAAGUCAGCAGUCACGCAAAUGUCACUGCCAAUUUUAAAGUCAGUUUGGCAGUCAAGCAAGUGGGCAAGGUCAAUUAGUAUUCGUUCGAAUGAGCAAGUAUAGUAUUGAAUAAUAGAUAUACCUAAGUACGAGGGCGACUGUUAUUAGUGCCGUAGUUGUAAAAUCGAGGUGGAUAUAUAGGGAGACCAUGUGCAUUGUAAUAUGACAAAACACAACUCACAUUCUGUUCUUUUGCUGCAGUAUAACCCAUUUGCAAUUCUCUGAAUUGAAACCUGAAUGCGUGGCUCAUAUGUCGGGUCUGACGAAGCUCGCAGCUUUCCUCGUCUACCGCUGCUAACUUAAACUUGCGAAUGCGGACGCGCAGCGCUGCACCAGUCGGCACUUCC